CGGUGGGGCGAUGCUGGAGGCUGGGUCGUGGCUGCCCAGUGCUGGGGGCCAGAACUGCUCCCACCCUCUAUUCAGGGGGACUUUUCCUUUGUGACUGGAAGCCCUGGACCCUUGCGUGGAGCAUGGGGAUGAGGACGGGCCGUGUGGCAGGAUACGCCAUGGAGGUAGUGCUGAUCUUUCUGUGCAGCCUGCUGGCUCCCACAGUCCUGGCCAGUGCAGCUGAGCAGGAGAAAGAAAAGGACCCUUUUCAUUAUGACUACCAGACCCUGAGGAUCGGAGGAUUGGUGUUUGCUGUGGUCCUCUUCUCGGUUGGGAUCCUUCUUAUCCUAAGUCGCAGGUGCAAGUGCAGUUUCAAUCAGAAGCCCCGCAGCGGAGCCCCAGAAAGCAGAGAACUGAGGAGCAGCUUCCCGAGGGAAGGUGGCAGCCCCAAGGGGGACGUGKACCCAUUCUACUAUGACUAUGAGACUGUCCGGAACGGGGGCCUGAUCUUCGCUGGCCUGGCCUUCGUCGUGGGACUGAUCAUCCUACUCAGCAAAAGAUUCCGCUGUGGGGGCAACAGGAAGCCUCGGCAAGUCAGUGAGGACAUGCUGUAGCGAGAGGGUCUGCUGUGCCCAUCACGGCCAGGGGGCUGGCUAGGAGGCCAAGGAUGCCCCAUCUUCCCUGGGCUGUUGACCUUUGUCCCUGCACUGCYGGCUCACAGGCUGGAGGAAGCGCCAGGCUCAGUGUGAUUCCUGCAUGGAUGACUGUGUCACCGCCUCCUGCCUCCUGCUGCCCCCACGCCUCUUCCCUCACCUCCCCCCGCCCCUCCAUCCCAUAACUACCAUAGCCCCCUGUUCCCAGAUGGAGUACAAAU